UCGGCCCAUGGAUGACAACUGUACAGUUUGUCUUCCAAUUAACUAAGAGGUGCUCCCCAUCCCUCAUUAGCAUAAAAGCCCUAUAAGUAGCAGAAAUCCGCUCAUUGCUUUCUACACGUUUCUGGUGUUUUAAGAUGCCUGAGCCAGCGAAGUCCGCUCCCGCCCCGAAGAAGGGCUCCAAGAAGGCGGUGACCAAGGCGCAGAAGAAGGACGGCAAGAAGCGCAAGCGCAGCCGCAAGGAGAGCUACUCCGUGUACGUGUACAAGGUGCUGAAGCAGGUGCACCCCGACACCGGCAUCUCCUCCAAGGCCAUGGGCAUCAUGAACUCCUUCGUCAACGACAUCUUCGAGCGCAUCGCGGGCGAGGCCUCCCGCCUGGCGCAUUACAACAAGCGCUCGACCAUCACCUCCAGGGAGAUCCAGACGGCCGUGCGCCUGCUGCUGCCUGGGGAGCUGGCCAAGCACGCCGUGUCGGAGGGCACCAAGGCCGUCACCAAGUACACCAGCUCCAAGUAAACUUGCCAAACAGCUCUGUUCUGUCACCCAGACUGGAGUACAGUGGCACCAUCUUGGCUUAUUGCAGCCUCUGCCUCCCAGGUUCAAGUGAUUCUCCUGCCUCAGUCUCCUGAGUAGCUGAUAAUACAGGCUCACCAUCACGCUCACGCCCGGUUAAUUUUUUUUUUAUUUUUAGAAGAGAUGGGGUUUCACCACGUUGGCCAGGCUGGUCUGGAACUCCUUACCUGAAAUAAUCACCUUGGCCUCCCAAGUGAUGGGAUUACAGGGGUGAGCCACCAUCCCUGCCAAGACUGUCUUAUUUUAUAACUAUAAAUAAUUGUGAGAUUAUCCACCUCAUCAGGGGAUUAAUUAACUAUAAUGUAAUCUUAAAUUUUAGUUGGCUUUUUAUUUUAAUCGGGCUGACUAUAUAUGGCUCAUAUUUUUUUUAAUCAAGUUGGCUUUUAAUAAGAAUUAAAAUACAUCAAUUUUAAUAAAAACUCGUUUAUCUAAAAAAAUCAAAAAUUUUCAUUGUGCUUUAAAUGUGCUACCUCUUUAAAUUGUAACUCAAAGAAACAGUUUAACUAAGUUUCAUUAGUGGUCUUAUUUAAACAUGUUAAAGUGUUUUGUAAAGAAAAAAAAUAGUACUCCACUAUUUUUAAAUAACUUAAAAAUGUUAAUACCUGAUAUGCUCUUUUAUAGAGAAAAACAUCAUAUAAUAUUUCUUUUCUUCUUUUUUUUUUUGAGUCAUAGUCCUGCUCUGUUGCCAGGCGCCAGGCUGGAGUGCAGUGGCACAAUCUCGGCUCACUGCAACCUCCGCCUCCUGGCUUCAAGCAAUUCUCCUGUCUCAGCCUCCUGAGUAGCUGGGAGUACACCCAGCUAAUUUUUGUACUUUUAGGAGAGACAAGGUUUCACCAUGUUGGCCAGGAUGGUCUCGAUCUCUUGACCUGGUUAUCCGCCCACCUCAGCCUCACAAAGUGCUGGGAUUACAGGCUUGAGCCACCAAAUCCCGCCCAUCAUAUAAUAUUUUUAAUCAAGAUGAUCUUUUGGACAAAUUGUCUGGCUUAAUAAUUACAUUUUAAAGGUGGCUUUUUCUUCUUAAUAUAAAAAUAAUAUUAGUCUAACAUUAUAGUUUACACCAGUCUAGGGUUCAUUUUCUAAAAACAAAAACUAAUUUAAUUAGAAUUUACUAAAUUUCUUCCACUAGGUUUACUGGUUAGAUGAGUUAACAUCACUUGAUUUAUAAUUUUAAAAUUGUAAAUUAUUAAUUGAACCAAAUUAAAUCAUAAUAGAUGUCAUUUUUUUAGAUGAAAUUUUAUGUUACAAAUUAUAAGGAUUCAAUGUGUGAGCUUAAGUACUGAAUUCAUAAUGUAUGAUAAUUUUAAGAAUUUAAGUGAACAUUAUUAAAUUGAGUACAUUACUGCUUAAUCUUUGGAUACCUGCACAAUUUCUAAAUUAGAGGGUACAAAAUGCACAUCCCCAAAAACAGUUUACUUUAUGCAAAUAACAUGUUUUUACACAGUUUAGAAUAACCAUUGAUUAACAGGUGAGAGAACAUACAAUUGCCUUAAAAAAGAUACUCUUGUUUUUCCACUUUAGAUUUGUAAAAGGAAUAUGUACUGUAUCCGUGUGGGCCCAGAGGACCAUGCAGGUUUUGGAUGACUGCCUCUGUUUUCUUGAGGGAACACAUUUGCCUGCUUUGUUUGAGGGCUGUUGUUAAUCCAAGCAUCUCUGACUCUAUCAAGUACUAUAGCUAAGGAGAAACGUACGGAAGCAUUCAAAAUAAUGACUACCUAGAGCCUUUACUUAUUUAUAAAGUCGUUAUUGGCUGGGUGAGGUGGCUCAUACCUAUAAUUCCAGCACUUUUGGUAGGCCGAGACAGGCGGAUCAGGAGGUCAGGAGAUGUAGACCAUUCUGGUGAAAAUGUUGAAAUCCCGUCUCUACUGAAAUCCACAAAAUUAGCCGGGCAUGGUGGUGCGUGACUGUAUCCCAGCUACUCGGGAGACUGAGGCAGGGGAAUUGCUCGAAUCCCGGAGGCUGAGGUUGCAGUGAGUCGAGAUCGCGCCACUGCACUCAGGUUUGGUGACAGAGCAAGACUCAGUCUCUAAGAAAAAAAAAGUUGUUAAUGUAGUAAAUUCCAUUUACUAUGAGUUGUCACUCUAAAAUAUUUUAUUAAUCUUUUUAGAACUUUUAUUCAUAUUAUAUUGUAUUCAUAUCUUAUGUAAUAACCAAUCUUUGAUAUUAUAACAAUGCUGGAACCUCCAUUUUCAGUACCUUAAACAAAAAAAUACUGCUUUUAUGUUUCAGAGCAGAUGGAUAUGUGCUUCCCAGUAUAAACACAUUAGGAAUCCCAUUGGGAUAUACACUGUCACUAAAAACACAGUUCUGAGAUUGAUUAAAAGACCUCCAGAAUUCUGGAAAUAGGAAGUUUUUUUUUUCAAAUUCUGCAGAUGAAGAGGUCUGGAAUAGACAACUUCCUCUUUUACCUGUGGUAUUAUUCUGCUUUCUUCUUGUCUCCAUUAUCUAUCUUUCCCAUAAUUACAUUUUGAUCUGGCCUUCCCAAGUAUUAAAAAACCUCAAAUAAACAAAUCUCAGUUAUAUUUUAUUAAGAGAUUGGCAUGUUAACUUUUUGUAGGUUUGUAACAAGGACCUUUAUACUGCUAUUAAAAGUUCCUAAAUAAGAA